AUGGCCGACACAAACAAAGGACCGGUAUUCAGAGCUUCCAAACGCAGGAAGGUCUUUCGAAAGAGACGCGACGACGACGAAUCAUCGGGCGAAGAUGUAGCGACCCCGAAGGCUUCAACAACAGUGGCGGGCGGCAAGCAACAACAACAUGUCGAGGCAGAAACGAGAGAGGGCAGCGUGUCCUUGAACCAUGUCAGACCGCUGGGCUCAAGGAAGGGCGGCGUAGCAUUCUCGUCAACACGCAAUACCAACGACAGCGGUACCAACAGCGCCGUCGACAGCAAUGCGCCGCCUACACCAUUGAACCCCGUCGAGCACGCUCAGGCUCGCUUUGUUGCUCCCACAGGACAUAUCGCCUCGGCAGACGACAAGCAUAUGAUGGCCUAUGUAGACUCCAAAUUGGCCCGCUUGACCCCAUCACAUGAAGCCUCGACACAAUCUUCCACACCAGCGGAACCCACUACCUCCUCAACCGAUACAGCACACCCGAACGAGACACAAUUCUCAGCCUCUCACAGCCACCUGCACGACGUCGACGUAACAAACCCCUCCGCGACAACAGCCACGACCUCCACGACCCGCCGCCAGAAACCUCCUCGCAAACCGCACUGGCGCAACCGUCGCAACAGCGCAGACCUAGCCCGCGACGCCAUGGUCGAUCAAAUCCUUCGAGAAUCACAGCUAAACAUAUAUGAACCCUCUGCCUCUACCUUUGCCGCCAAACCUGCCUCCGACGACAACCAAGACGCCGACGAGCGCAUGGCCGAAGAGUUCAAGAAGAAUUUCUAUGCUGCUGCCGAGGAGAGGGCCGUCAGAAGGACUGCUCCGCCGCCUCCACCGACUUUUGGCGCCAACAAGCUGGAGAGCAUCAAAGGUCCCAAGUUGGGUGGAAGCAGGAGUCAACGAGCCGCCAUGCAUGCGGCCGAAAAGGCAAAAACCAUCAAGAAGUAA